AUAAAUAUAUAUUCAUAAACGUUAUAAAAAGUGAUGAUCUAUCUAUUCAAACGAAUAACAACGAGCUUAUUAAGUUACUUUAAAAAAGAAGAAAGAAAAGCAAAAGAGGAAGAGAAAAUCCUUGUAACGAGUAUUAAAGGAAUAAAAAAUACGAGAAAAGGGAAAAAAAGCUCGAUACGAUUUUAAAUUAAAUAAACCAAAAAGAGUGAUUCGUAAGCAAUUACGAGAUUUUAAGAUUAUUAUACCAAUUUGUCACUCGACACAGGGGGUGUAAAAAAGCAAGACGUCGACGACGAAUAUCAUAUUAAACGAAAGUUCUAGAAGGAAGAAAGAGAGGAAGAAAAAUAAAGGACAAAAAAUUUCGGAAAAAGAGAUAGGAGAAUCUUUCGGAGAUUUUGAUCGAAAAUCAAGAAAACUGUUUCGAUUAAGAAAAGAGGAUAUUCGGCGUCGUACCGAAAAUAUUAUUAAAAUUAAGUCAGGCGGGGUAUCGACGUUUACAUGCCUCGCACCGAUCUUCUGACGUUUAGGUGGCACGAAAGAUCGUCGCCGAUUCGAUUCGUCAUCGACGUCUAAGUUUUCCGAGGAGGUGAGCGAAGAAGACGUCACGGUGUGUGGAUUAGGGCGAAUCCUCGGCUACAUCGGCGGAAGACCGUCGGUGGGGGCCGCCGCUAUGUCACAGUCUGGAUCAGGAGGUCUAACCGGAUCACAGGGUCAAAGUAAUCAAAACGGACAGACGAUGGAAAAUCAACAGACAGAUUGUAAUCAAAAUGGCCGGGCCAAUCCACCGACGGAUACAACGAAACAAGAUCUUUCCAAUGGUUUUGAAAAUCGAACGUUGGAGUACGAAAGAUUUUCACAAGAGAGAAAUCAACAACAGGGACAAACGACUGUACAAAAUCAAGAUCAACAGCAGCAACAAUCGCAACAGCAAGUUCAACAGCAGCAACCGCAACCGCAACAGCAGCAACAGCAGCAACAACAACAACAGCAACAACAACAAGAUCAACAGACCGGACAAUAUCCAUCUGGAAGAAGGCAAUCGGUUGUAGGGUUACCGGAAGAUAGACAUCCUCAGACGGGUCAACUACCACCUCAGCAAUAUACCGUAGAAAAAACAAACGCUGAUAGAGUCCAACACGUUUCUCAAACUAGCACUCAAACCGUCCCUGUACAAGCCCAUCCUCAAUUUGCCCCGGACUAUGAGCAAAGUCAAUACCCACAAAUACGAGGUCAAUUUGAUGUUCGCUCCCAGAUAUAUCCUCAACAAGCUCAGUACGCGGAUAGAGCUGGUUACGUGACCAGAGACAUUACGUAUAGAGAUCCAGCAUUGUAUGGUCAGAGCACGGUUGCCAAUCCGAUAUUCGCGAGUCAAAGUCAGUACGUUACAGUCCAGCACGGAACACAGAUACCUUCUCAGUCGGCCAGUCCACAGCCACCCUACUUUGCGAGCGUUGUAGUACCUCAACCACCUGGAUAUACACAAUUUAGUAGUCAACCUCAAUAUCCAUAUAGUCAGUACCCUCAAACUGUUAUGAAUGCAGUGCCGUACAAUCCCCACGCGGGCAUCUAUCAAGCUCAACAAUUUGGCCAACAAUCGCCCAAUCCACAGAGAUUCACUCAGGAGUUAAGUCAAUAUCAAACGCAACCGAUUAUUCAACCAAUCGCUCAGAAUGUAGCUCACGGAAUAGCGAUCUCUACGACUGAACGGCCAAGUCGUGGACCAAAACCGAUGGUACCGCCUCGUGGAAAUUCUAAGAUCACACACGAUACGGGCCAUAGAAAAUCAGCUAGCGUUGACGUACCGGCACUGCAAAAAGUUAAAUACGAAUCUCAAAAUCCUCCCCAAGAUCAGAUUCAUCGUAGCGAGGGUGCCAUUAUCGUACAAGGAUCUCAAAUCGCUGCAGGUGAGACGCAAGAAAGGAGAUAUUUAACUACGAUAAACCAAAAUCCUAGAACAAGACAGGAUGGGCUAUACGUUGACGCGAACGGAGACCAAGCGGUUAGGGAAAAAGUCGUAGAUAAUAUCACUACGGAAUGUGGUUUAUACGUUUCGAAAUCGGAGCACAGAAAGUCCAUAUCCGUAGACGUUACUACGAGUUUUCAGAGACGCAACGAUACCAUCACUUUUACGUUCCCGGGCGAUGGAAAUCAAGAUAUGACCGUACAAUCAAGAAAACCAUCGACGGUUAUUGAGCCAAAAAGAGUCGAGGGAACUCAAGUAUUUCCACCAGAUCAGAGAAGAUUGGACGCUAGCUUGCGAGUCUCACCUAUGGCGUUCGAUGCGAGACAGGAAAAUCGAAAAAGCGUGGCCACGGAUAGAAAAGUAGAUUGGGGUAACGUGAGCCCAAAUCAAAGAGUUGUCAUACCGCAAGAAACUAGACGAUCAGAUUAUUUUGAAGAACAUAGGCGAUCACCGAUGAAUUUGGAAAGUAAGAGAGUGGAAGAUGUGAGAAGAUCGCCCAUGCCUUUUGUGCCGAUUCGUGAUACUUCCGCCGAUCGAGCAAAUCAAAAAAGUCCUUCGUUUGUUAAUCAAAAUUUCGAAAAGACCAGGCAGGAACUUGCAAUGUGGGCUGAACAAAGGCAACGUCAGGAAUUAGAGAGGAGUAUGAUGCAAAAUCAAAUAUUUUCUACUAGCCCGCGAUCUCGUAAUCAGUCAGAGGAAAGAAGAGAAUCACGGUCAUUGCAUCCAUCGGAAGAACGUAAAGAAACUAGAAUGUCGCAGUCGGCUUUUCAACCUUUGCCGAAUAUCAGUCAAAGUACUAUAAUGGAACAGCGUCGUCAUUUGCGACAUGUAAGUGCGGAUCUAACGAAACAUAUGGAAUUGUCUCGAAAAGAUUUCGACGAUCAACCGAUCAGUGGUUCCGUAGCUAAUCUUGGGCCAGGUACUGCAAGUACCGUAUCGUCGCAGAGAGCCAGUCCAAAUCUUUGUCAUCAAUAUCCGGCAUUGAGUGAAGCUAAAUUAGACACGAAGACCGUACUGACAGUAGUCACCGAUUUCGGAGACUCUAAUUCCAACAAGCAAAGCGAUCAAGUCGAUCACAUAAUACACAGUCACAGAAAGAGUCACAAUAUAUCGUCGAGUUUGUUAACACACAGCAAGAGUCAAACGGAAUGCUUGCAGAGUCAGCUAGAUUCCCAAUGCGAAAAAUCGGAUUCACUUCAAGUUCAACAACAACAACAACAAUUACACAAUCAGCAAAGUCUCGAUUUAAUUUCGGAAAAACUAAGUCAAUUCGAGCGCCAACAAAGCGACCUACAAGCCAAACUACAAUGUCUACAGAAUCAAAAUCAGAUUUUAGAUAAGGUAGCCCAAUUUCAGCAUCAGCAGAGCGACUUGCAGGCACGAUUGCAAAGUUUGCAAACGCAGAAUCAAAUCGGUAGCGAUAAGAUUCAACGACAGGCUACAGAAAUUCAACAGCACGCCAUUGGAAAUGACGUACACCAAGUACAAAUGAGUCCUUUGUGUAAUCAUCAAGACCAUUUGGACAAGACAACCUCAUUGUCACAGAACCAACAUCAGGCAGUACAUAGUCACCAUCACAGUUUAUUGACCACCACAUAUCCGCAAAGCUCGAGCCUUCAAGCUUGCCCGUCGUCCGUUUGUGAGAAACUAUCUCCGCGUAUCCAACACGACGUCAAUGAUCCGAAUUCCAUUCAAAUACCUAACAUGUCGCAGAUGCCACUUCCUUGUCUCCCCCAGUUCGAUCGUGCAGACACGUCGCGCGGUUCGUUCUCGCAGUUUCAUCGACUUCAGUGUCAAAUCGACAGUCACGACAGUGCAUCUGCGACAUCGGCCAGCGGAAUUGUUGGCAGUACCGUUGGAGUUAGUGGAAAUGUCGGUAGUAGUGUUGGUGGUGGUGGUUGUGCCACUACGACGAGCACCUUUACUGGGACUCUCAAGAAAGUUCCUCCGGAGAAGCCACCCAGACAGUCCUUGACCGUGCAGUCUCCGGAAGCAGAGAGUAAUAGGAGCCAACCAGCGAUCGGACUAAAACAGACACCAAAAGCACGGCCGACGAUUUUUGGAACAGUCGCCUCGGAUCUGAAUCCGAAAGAUGGCAACAGUCGAAGGAGCUUACCGCAAACUCCAGCCGGUGGUGUCGGUGGAAAAGGUGGAGGAGGUAGUGGUGUUCUUGGUUCUGGCAUGGUCAAUGGUGCUGGUGCUGAUCAUCAAGAUAUUCGCGACGGUGCAGCUUUAAAUACCGAACACGCUCUGGUGUACCGAGACGGAAACCUAGUUUCUGGAUCCUUGGAAGCUUUAGUACAGCACAUGGUACCAACUGAGGAAUAUUAUCCCGAUCGUGCUUACCUUUUCGCCUUUUUGCUAAGCGCGAGACUCUUCAUCAAACCGCACGAGCUACUGGGUGAGGUUUGCGCCCUUUGCGAGCAUCAGCAAAAUCUCAAUGGAGAAGGUGGAAAGGAACGACUACAUCGUUUCGUGCCCCGACUGGUGCAGCUGUUGGCAGAAUGGACGGAGACUUUCCCGUACGAUUUUCGGGACGAGAGGGUGAUGGGUCACGUCAAAUCCAUCACGCAGAAGGUUGCUGCGGUCGACGCGGCGGCGCGACAGGAAGUUUCAGCCUUGCUACAGAACUUACUUCUCAGGCUCACAGCCCUUGAGAGGUACGAGGAGGGCCUAGCUAGAUUGGCCACUGAGGCGGCGACUGAACAGCUCACGCAGGUGGACAUUACCGAGCUCUGUCCUUCUGCCACGGUACUGGCACAACAAUUGACUCACGUGGAACUCGAGAGGCUCUCUUACAUCGGCCCCGAGGAAUUUGUCCAAGCAUUCGCUAAGGAAUCACCACAUUUGGAAACAUCUUUCAAGGACAUGAAAAAGACUCGUAAUCUGGAGUCUUACGUUCAGUGGUUCAAUCGAUUAAGUUAUUUCGUAGCAACUGAAGUGUGUAAGCACGCAAAAAAGAAACAACGAGUGCGCGUCGUAGAAUAUUGGAUAGAAACUGCUCGGGAAUGCUUUAAUAUUGGCAACUUCAACUCACUGAUGGCGAUCAUUGCCGGUUUGAAUAUGUCUCCAAUAUCGCGGCUGAAAAAGACGUGGUCUAAAGUACAAUCGGCCAAAUUCUCGAUCUUGGAACAUCAGAUGGAUCCAAGUAGCAAUUUUAGCAGCUAUCGUAGCACCCUGAAGGCAGCAAUGUGGCGUAGCGCCGGCGCUACGGAUGAACGACAACGAAUCGUCGUGCCCUUCUUUAGCCUGUUGGUCAAGGAUCUAUACUUUCUCAACGAGGGUUGCAGCAACAAACUACCAAACGGGCACAUUAAUUUUGAGAAAUUUUGGCAACUGGCAAAGCAGGUUACGGAAUUCAUCGCGUGGAAACAAGUAGCCUGUCCAUUUGAAAAGAAUCCUAGAGUUAUAGCCUUUUUGCAAGCGAGUCCUGUGUUGACUGAAAAUGCAUUGGCUUUAGCAUCAUUCGAAUGUGAACCACCUGAUAAUAAUCCCGAGAAGGAACGUUACAAAGCUUUAAAGUCUGAAAUGAACGCCCAGUGAAAAAAAGAUUUACUGCAACACGUUGAGCAGGAACGCUACUGAUAAAGAAUAAGUAUAUAUACGUAUAUGUAUACAUAUACAUAUAUACACUGUUCUAUAUAUAUAUAUAUACAUAUACAAACAAGUUUCUAUUAAUUAAUAUAUUCGUUACGGUAUCCAAGUUAAUCUCCUGCGAAAAGACAGAAUGUGUUCUCGAUGGGAGGAGGUAAAGAAAAAAGAAAAGUAAAAAGAAACAAAAAGGAAAGAAGAAAGAAAAAAGGAAGGAAGUAAGUAAGGAAGGAAGAAAAUAAAAAAAAAAAAAAAGCAAAAAAGAAAGAAAUAAAGCGGUAAGGAUGACACAUUGAAGAGGAAAACUAGACAAAAAAAAUUCAAAAUAUAAAUGUGACGGUUUUAAAGUAUUAAAACGGGAAUAAGCCUACAUCGGAUGUUGUAAACUCGUCGUAUCAUGAUUGCACUCGCGAUUAAAAAUUGCGCUAUAGUGAGAUCCUCGCGUUGUUAAAAAUCGAUUAAGCAUCUGCUUGACCCGUAUAGUCAUCGGCAAUGUAAAAAUGAAGUUCGACCGACCUCGUUGCGAUACGGAUGAAAACGUAAUCCUUCGGGUAAUAUUCCUGACGGCCUUGGGUAGGCCAUCGACAAGAGAGAGAGAGAGAGAGAGAAAGAGAGUAGUAUACUGUAUGAACGUAUCGAGCAGUUCGCGAUUAAAAAGCAAGGAAAAGUAAAGGUAUAUGGCUUGCACGAUGAGUUAUGCUCAGAUGUAGGCCAACGUUCUGUCGGUGGGGGUAGAGGAUAAGGGUGGACAAGAUCGAUUCGCUAAAUGAUUUUUCACGAUUGCAAAUGACAAUACGGGUCUCGCGAGAUCGAAUAAACAGACUAUUUUUCGAAAUCAGAUUUCGGAAUUGAUCUGUUAUUUACAUUUAAAAAAAAAUAAAUAAAACAGAGAAAUAAAUAGAAAAAGAAAGAAAAGAAAAGAGUGAGA